GGGCGGGUUUAGGGCCAGUCGUGCUAUAUAAUCAGUCCGCCCUGCUCUCCGGCUACACACUGACUGCUGCGUCCUAAGAGGGGUGUGAUCUCACAGAUAAGGACUUUUUCUGUUUAUACAUCUUGCAAAGAUGGUGAAGAUUGGAAUCAAUGGAUUUGGCCGCAUUGGUCGUCUUGUUACCCGUGCUGCAGUGCUUUCUGGGAAGGUGGAAGUUGUGGCCAUCAAUGACCCCUUUAUUGACUUGGACUACAUGGUGUAUAUGUUCAAGUAUGAUUCUACACAUGGACGCUUCAAGGGUGAUGUGAAGGCUGAGGGUGGAAAACUGCACAUCAAUGGCAAAACUGUUACGGUUUUCCAAGAACGUGACCCUACCAGCAUCAAAUGGGGUGAGGCUGGUGCAGACUAUGUUGUUGAGUCUACUGGUGUCUUCACUACAACUGAAAAGGCCUCUGCUCACCUGAAAGGCGGUGCCAAACGUGUCAUUAUCUCGGCUCCCAGUGCUGAUGCACCUAUGUUUGUUGUUGGAGUCAACCAUGAGAAAUAUGACAAGUCCUUGAAAGUGGUCAGUAAUGCUUCUUGCACCACCAAUUGCCUUGCUCCUCUGGCCAAAGUUAUUAAUGACAACUUCACUAUCGUUGAAGCUCUCAUGACAACUGUCCAUGCAUAUACAGCAACUCAAAAGACUGUGGAUGGACCAUCUGGCAAACUGUGGCGUGAUGGCAGAGGUGCUCACCAGAACAUCAUCCCUGCUAGCACUGGUGCUGCCAAGGCUGUGGGCAAAGUUAUUCCUGAGCUGAAUGGCAAGCUGACUGGAAUGGCUUUCCGUGUACCAACUCCCAAUGUGUCAGUAGUAGACCUGACUUGCCGCUUGGAGAAACCAGCCAAGUAUGAUGAUAUCAAGAAAGUAGUCAAAGCUGCUGCUGAGGGACCUAUGAAAGGAAUUCUGGGAUACACAGAAGAACAGGUGGUAUCCACAGAUUUCAAUGGCGACAGUCAUUCUUCCAUCUUUGAUGCUGGAGCUGGAAUUUCUCUCAAUGAUCACUUUGUUAAACUUGUGACUUGGUAUGACAAUGAAUUUGGCUACAGCAACAGGGUGGUUGACCUGAUCUGUCACAUGGCAUCUAAGGAGUAAAGUGUCUGAACCAUUCGCUCAACCCCUGACGCAGUUAAACCUGGUUUAGCUCUACUUUAAUUUUCCAUCAGUUUUUCAGUGUGUAAAUUUGGUCUUUGCCAGAACAUUAAAAGUCCUUAAGAGAAGA